CAAUGGCAGCUUAUUGCAGUGCUCGGGGAAACAGCAGAAAGAAGACUUGCAGUCGAUGCAGCCUUGAUGCAACCAUAACAAUGAUAUUUAAAAAGCAAUUCGUUAGGUGAUGCGAUACAGUGAGGCUUGUUCAAUGCGUAGAAUGUUUUGGUUUGUAAAUACAAACCAGACGCAGCGCUGCAGCCAAUAGUGUACCACAGUAAAACUGCACUAUGUUCGGUUCAUAUUUUCACGCAAACUCUGCAGCACCGCACACAGUUACUCAACAUUAUAACUAAGCUACGUCAUCACUGCCUAGCGAGGUGGUUAAAUCAGUCAGACCUCGCUGUGAAAUUAAAUCAGUUGUGCUAAUCGGUGUUAUUAUUGAUCUGUCGAGCUAUAUCGCGACUCUUCGAUGUACUGAUCUGAUGAUGAUCGUUGUAUUUGCAGAGCUGCGUGCUGCUGUACCCCCACACACAGUGUAUUAGUGCUAGGACUGGUGGUGUCUGUCUGUCUGUCUGUCUGUCUGUCUGCCUGCCUGUCCGGCCUGCCCUUUCGGAUCCUGGCUGUAUGACAUCCCCAGUCUAUGCUAAUCUCGAUUCGGUGGGGCCGCUAUUUAAUGACCUGCCCUGUAUGUUUCAUCUCGGUCUGUUUUUCGUGAACGUGCUGAUCCUCUACUAUGCCUUCCUGAUGGAGUACAUUGUCCUCAAUGUGGGGAUAGUCUUUCUGCCCGAGGAUAUGGACCAGGCGCUGGUUGAUCUGGGAGUUCUGUCGGACCCGGGUUCGGUUCCGUACGACACCGAUGUAGAACUGGACGUCUUUGACUGAAAAAAAAAAAAAAACUACACACACAGGUCCGAAAUGGCUAGAGACAGAAUACCGACAGCUACCAAAUACGGCUUCCACCAGUGUCACCACCGCGAUCCACACAAAAAGCCGGAUUCUCCCCAGCAGCAGAGCAAUCGGGCUGCUCCAGUCUGUGAUCACUAUUGCUGGGUAACGUGGCUGGGUAACCCGUGUGCUAAGACAUGGCCCAAAGGCAUUCAUUUCAGACAGUUUUGUGACUUGGCUUGUUACAUGCAGCAACAGCACACGUGUGGCAUGGGGUCGUUACUGGAUGAAAGCUUUCCAGACUGUAGGACACUGAGCUCAGGACAGGGGCGCCCCUUGACCCUUGACCUUUGUUGCAGAGCACGCUGCCAUGGAGACGCAAACGGAUUGAACAGGCUGAGACCCCGAAUAAAAAUAAAAAAAACUCAAACAGCCAUACAAAACGGAGUGGCCAACAGCAUGAAACUUAAGAGCUUUACUUGUAUGAACUGUUGAACUGCUCCCUGUGGACGUUGCAGUUUGCAAAGGAGAGCCUUCGCCUCCACACGCUACCCCAGCGUACACGGCAACACCAGAUCCGCUUCUCAGAGCCUGGAAACUGACAAAGAGCAUUUCUAUUGCCGACAGUGCUGCUGCUGCCACUGCCUGUGUAGCGAUUCUACUGCAGUCGGCCUGAAUCCCCCAUGAAUGGUUUUGUUUUUUUGCAGUAAAGUCAUCAGAGCAGCGCACUGCAUGCAACUAGUAUAUUUCAAAUGCUUCCCAAUUCACAAAACAAACAAAAAAACCAGAAAAGCACACACACCACAACAGCAAUCACCCAGCAAACUUGACUCCUGGAAACGGAGGUGUCUGGACUGAGCCAGUCCUGGAAUAGAAACCCUUGCUGUAAUAAGUUCUGAAGGGCCUCAACCCACAACAGCAAAGCAACAGCUGCGCUUAGUCACACUGUGAGGGGCAGCCACUAGAUAUAUUAAUGUUAAGCACGUAUUCCUGCUUGAUGAACUGCAAGCGUUUCUGCUCAGACCUUCCUGAUAAGUAACUUCACAGUAUUUAUAUAAAGCUCUGCAUUUCAGCACACAAUGAUGUUCUAGAGCAGUGGGGCACAACUCUGUCCUGGAGGGCCGGUGUCCCUGCAGGUUUUUAUUCCAACUGCACCCUAAAGUAUUUUAUUGGACCAUGUUAGAAGCUUAAUUGGUCCAAUUAACUAAUUUAGGGUAUGGUUAGAACAAAAACCAGGAGGGUUCUGUCAGGGGUUUCAGCAGGACCUGUGGGCUGAGGCACAGAGAGGUUCUGUCAGGGGUUUCAGCAGGACCUGUGGGCUGAGGCACAGAGAGGUUCUGUCAGGGGUUUCAGCAGGACGUGUGGGCUGAGGCACAGAGAGGUUCUGUCAGGGGUUUCAGCAGGACGUGUGGGCUGAGGCACAGAGAGGUUCUGUCAGGGGUUUCAGCAGGACGUGUGGGCUGAGGCACAGAGAGGUUCUGUCAGGGGUUUCAGCAGGACAUGUGGGCUGAGGCACAGAGAGGUUCUGUCAGGGGUUUCAGCAGGACGUGUGGGCUGAGGCACAGAGAGGUUCUGUCAGGGGUUUCAGCAGGACAUGUGGGCUGAGGCACAGAGAGGUUCUGUCAGGGGUUU